AUGGUGGAUUUCCCGGAUGGAAAAGAUAUCGAUAACUUAGUGGAAAAUCCGUUGCUGGAGCCAGUGGAGGGACCUGUUGGCCUUCCACCAUCGCCACCAUUUCCUAGCAGUGCGGAAAAUAGCCUUUACGAGACGUGCUUAGCGUUGGCAUGUGAUCCAUCAGGUACUUAACU